AUGUCGUCCUGCAGCCGCGUGGCGCUGGUGACCGGCGCCCACGAGGGCAUCGGCUUCGCCAUCACGCGCGAGCUGUGCCGCCGCUUCUCCGGGGACGUGGUGCUCACGGCGCGGGACGAGGCGCGGGGCCGCGCGGCCGUGCGGCGGCUCCAGGCCGAGGGGCUCAGCCCGCGCUUCCACCCGCUGGACAUCGACGACGUGCGGAGCAUCCGCGCCCUGCGCGACUUCCUGCGCCGGGAGUACGGGGGGCUCAACGUGCUGGUCAACAACGCGGGCAUCGCCUUCGAGAUGGAUGACCCAACCCCCUUCGACGUUCAAGCUGAGAGGACACUGAAGACGAACUUUUUUGCCACUAGGAAUGUCUGCAUGGAGUUACUGCCCAUCGUGAAACCCCAUGGGAGAGUGGUGAAUAUCAGCAGUUUCCAGGGUUCCAAAGCUCUUGAAAACUGCAGCGAAGAACUGCAAGAAAAAUUCCGAUGCGACACACUCACAGAGCAGGACCUGGUGGACCUCAUGAAAAAGUUUGUAGAAGACACAAGAAAUGAAGUGCAUGAAAGGGAAGGAUGGCCCAACUCAGCUUACGGGGUGUCCAAGUUGGGAGUCACCGUCUUGUCAAGAAUCCUGGCCCAGAGGCUGGAUGAGAAGAGAAAGGCUGACAGGAUUCUGCUAAACGCUUGCUGCCCUGGCUGGGUGAAGACGGACGUGGCUGGCGACCAGGGCUGCAGGACCGUGGAGGAGGGGGCCGAGACCCCAGUCUACUUGGCCCUCCUGCCUCCAGAUGCCACAGAGCCUCAAGGCCAGCUAGUCCGGGAUAAAGCUGUACAACCUUGGUGAA